AUGAAGAAGAGGUGUUGCAACACGGGCGAGGAGUGCGCCAAGGCGCUCAAGGUGGUGGAGUGCCACAAGACGAAGAACAAGGGGCUGCCAUUCCCGGUGAGCAACGCCGUGUACAAGGCGCUCCACACACUCAAGGAGGGUCAGGUGGAAAACGAGGUCUACCAGCGGCAAACGGCCGAGUUUCGGCACUAUGGUCCCUGGACUCACGAUGAAUUUGCUUGCGACAAGGAGGCCUACGAGCUGUUUGUGGCGGCGAUGGAGGAGGAGGGGCGGCCGCUUGGCCUGUGGGUGAAGCGGAUGCUUGACGAGAAGGCGCUCUACACCGACGUCAACUACUUGGAGAAGCCGGGGUGGCAAGACUAUCCCUCCUCGCAUUUUUGCGACAAGGGGCGCGAGUGGGUGUUUGGCAGGAUUGACAUCGCGGACGAGGAUGCUCAGGAGAGGAUGUUUCCUUCUCUACUCUCCUACGUCCGUGCGAAUCUAGAAUCGCGUUACACUCCUGGCACUGUGCUUGUGACGGGCAACCGCGAGUUCUACGAGAAAGUUUUGCUGGACGAGGAUCGCAUGGGGCUCCUGGUGGAGACGUUUCUGGAGCGGCACAGGAUCAUCUGCAAGCCGCGCGACCUCAUGCGCAGGGUGUGGUUUGUGAGCAAGGAUCAAAAGGCGAUCAACGUCACGGAGGAGGUCUUGCGCUCGUCUCGGCUCUGUGAUGAAACCAUCGCGUUCUGUUCUUCCUGUCUGGCCCGAAACACCAUUCCCGCAGAGCUUGUGAAUCGCUACAUGAUCGAUCAUCAUCGUCGCGGGCCUCACUGCGGCAAUGCAUGCACCGGAAUCUGGCGCCUUUGGGCCGAUUUCGCCCCUCGAGAAGAACAAGAACGCACUGGAAUUGCCUACAUUUUCAAUCCGGCCCGGUGGAUCCUUGCCCAGAUGCAGCAGCAGACGAUUCAUUCUUCGCGCAAGCAUCUCCCGGGCAGAAUCGGCGCCCAUGGCGCGAAGCUUUCCCUCGCUAAGCUCUCUUCCUCAAACCCUUCUUGUAAUUGUUUUUAG